AACAACGCCAUGACUUUACGAAUAGAAAGUUUUAAAAUUUAUUGAAAACAUUGUUCAUCAAGUUUUACAGUGUUAAUAUUAAAUGAAUAAAAUCAUCAUCAUUUAAAUUUAAAAAUAAAAGUUACAUUUUUUUUUUUUUUUCUCUACAUAAAACAAUCCACAAUGAAACAAAAAAUACUGUAUUUUGGUAUUUUAAUUUUACAAUCAUUUGACAUUAUUUGUGGACUUCCAAAUGAAUAUAAAUUACAAUCAACAAAUGCACCAUGUUCAACAUCAACAUGUCAACAAACUGCCAAACAGGUAAUGUUAAACAUGAACAAUAAAAUAGAUCCAUGUGAAAAUUUUUAUAAAUUUGCAUGUGGAGGUUUUCUUGAAUCAACAAUUAUUCCAAAAGAUGAAACUCAAGUUAAUGCUCGUUCAGAACUGAACAAUAAAAUUGAUGAACAAAUAAGAACAAUGCUUGAUAAGAAAAAUUCAAAUGAAAUAAAAUCAUUUAAACUUGCCAAAGAUUUGUAUGAAUUUUGUAUGAACACAAGUGCAAUUGAAGAACAAGGCUUACAGCCAUAUAUUGAAUUGAUAAAACAAAAAGGUGGCUGGCCAGUUUUAAACAACACAAACUGGAAUGAAACAGAGCUAAAUACCAAAAAAUCAAAAGCUAAAUUUUUUACUAUUAAAAUUGAUAUUGAUGUUAACAAUAGUACAAAAAAAAUAAUAGUUAUAGAUCAGCCAACACUUGGUUUGUCAGAAAAAUAUUUUUCCAAAGGUAUUCAUGAUAAAAUAGUCAAUGCAUAUUACAAUUAUAUGGUUGAUAUUGCUGUGAUUUUUGGUGCCAAUGAGCAACAAGCACAAGUAGAAUUAAAAAAAGUAUUAUUAUUAGAAAUGAACAUUGCUAGAAUAUUUGUUUCAUCUGAAAAACGUCGUAAUAGAACAUUGCUACAUAAUCCAAUGACAAUUAAUGAAUUUACAAAACGUUAUCCAUUUAUUCCUUUGGAGUAUAUGUUGAAAAAAAAAUUUCCAUCGACAAUUAGAAUGCAUAGUAAUGAAAUCAUUGAUGUUAUGGUACCGAGUUACUUUAGAAAUUUAGAAGGAGUGCUAAAUAACGUCACAGCAAGAACCAUGGCAAAUUAUGCAAUGUGGAAAGAAGUACGAUCAAUACUGAUUUAUUUGAAUGAAAAAAUUCGUAACAGGCAGCUGGAUUAUUUGUCAACAAUAACUGGACAAACUGAAAACAAACCACGAUGGAAAAAGUGUAUUUCAAUUGUUAAAAAUUAUUUUCCUCAUGCAAUUGGUGCAUUGUAUAUUAAAAAUUACGUUGAUAAAAAUGUCAAAAGUAAUGUUGAAAUAAUUGUCAUGAAUAUUCGUAAUAAAUUUGAUGAGUUAAUUAAAAAAGCUGAUUGGAUGGAUGAUGUAACGAGGCAACAUGCACUUGAUAAAUCCAAAGAAUUAACUAGUUAUGUUGGCUAUCCAGAAGAGCUUCAAAAUAAUUCAAUGAUUGAGGAACUUUAUAAUGGUCUUGAAUUGACAGAUAAAACAUUACUUGGUAAUAUUUUUAUUCUAGAUAAAUUUCGUGAAGAAUGUGAGUGUAGAAAAUUUCGACAACCUUAUGAUAAAAAAAAUUGGAAAACUCGAAUGAGUCCAUUUAUUGUCAAUGCAAGAUAUACACCGUCUGAAAAUACAAUUCAGUUACCAGCUGGAAUUCUUCAGGGUAUAUUUUUUAAUAAUAAACUUCCAAAGUACAUGAAUUACGGUGCAAUUGGAUUCAUCAUAGGUCAUGAAAUUACUCAUGGGUUUGAUGAUAAAGGAAGACAAUUUGAUAAACAAGGAAAUUUAGUUGAAUGGUGGAAUCCAUCUACCAAAAUUAAAUUCAUUGAAAAAGCACAGUGUGUUAUUGAUCAGUACAAUAAUUAUACUGUUGAAGAAGUUGGACAAAAUAUUAAUGGAGUUAAUACACAGGGUGAAAAUAUUGCUGAUAUUAGUGGAAUUAAAGAAGCAUAUUUAGCUUAUUUAACCUGGACAAAUAAGCAUGGACAAGAAGCGAGAAUAUUGGGUCUUGAAAAUUACACACCAAGACAAAUGUUUUGGAUAAGCGCUGCAAAUGUUAGAUGUAAAAAAAUGAGACUGGAGGCAUUGAAAAAUCGUGUUAUAAAUAAUGUACAUAGUCCAGAUGAGUACAGAAUAAUUGGACCGUUAUCAAACAUGCCAGAAUUUUCAAGGGAUUUUAAUUGUCCAGAAAAUUCACCAAUGAAUUCAAAAAAUAAAUGCAGUAUUUGGUGAUGAAUCAUCAUCAAUAAAAAUAUCUAAAUUAUUAAAUUUCGAAAUACAAAAAUAAAUAUUAUAAUUUUUUGUUAUUUAAAUGAGACAUUUUUAUCACACGGUUGAAUGUACUAAAAGUCAAUGUGUACUAUCUCAAAAAGUAUGUGGUUUUGUAUGUGGUACAUAUGUGGCUAUUCCUCCACCCUGUUAUAUCACCACAACAUAAAAUCUAAAUGACGCGUACAAGCACCUAUACGAGAGGCAAAUAAAUUAUCCCACAAAUACUUACUUCAAUAGUAAAAGCUCAAAAAAUAUAUAACCAAUCAAUUCACGAUUACAUUGUCAUACAAAAAAAUAUAAAAAUAAUAAUAUUGACUUUAUGUCUUGUUAUACACACGCAAAUAGAAAAUUGAAAAAUUUAUUUCAU